AUGAUCAUGGGGUUGGCCGACGCUGUUGGAGCUAGCCCUUUCAAUCUGGUUGCUGCUGCUUCCUACUUGCGGGAUUGGGUGAGUGAGAGGUUGACCCUUCAGCCUCCAAUAGACGUUUCAGUCCUUGCUUCCCCUCGCCUACGAGGCGCAGUUGGUUCUAUGGAUGGUGCAGUUGCAGGUGCAGUUGUGGCCUUGGAGCCCAACGUUAGCGAUGUGAGGGUUGAAAGAGCUUCAGUGAGUUUACCUCCUCAGGUUGUAGUGGACCCUCGUAUGGAAGUAAUUUGUGGUAUGGCCAAAGCCCUUCACGCUGAAGGCAGUGAAUGGCUCCAUGCAUUCCGAAAGGCCUAUGAGUUGUGGGACAAAUUGAACCCAAAUGUCAGGAACGCUUUGAAUGUUUCCGAAGGAAGCGUUCAACAUGAAGAUGUUGUUGGAAGGGAUCCUCUUCCUUUGGUUGAAGACCAACUGGAAGAUGAUGUUCGGGGGCGUGCCUUGAAGAUGGCAGAGAUCUUCUCUGGCAGCGGUGUCCUUGCCAAGGAAAUGGAAGGCCUCGGAUUCAGCGUUCGCUUGGUCGACUACCAGACUGGUGGGGAGGCCCACGACAUCAGCCAGGAAACCAUAGCCUUGAAGAUUGCUUCGGAGCUUGUGGAGGAGAAGACUCACUAUGUGCAUUUUGCUCCACCCUGCAACACAUUUUCCCAGGCAAGGACCAAGGCCUACCCCAUGGGUGUCCCUGGAAUGGAAUUGGAACCUGUCUUGAAAGUUGCCAACGCCAUCAUUGUCAACAUGUGCAAGAUGGUCAAAGUUCUCUCUGACAACCAUGUCUUGGACCAGCCUGAAGAUGCGAACUGGUCUACUGUGGACAUUGACUACUGCAUGUAUGGGGCCCCCUACAAGAAGCGCACGCGGCUGCUGACUUUGCAGUGGCGUGUUGACCCAAGUGAGGUUGAUGGCAUGUUGUCCUCGCUGGGUCGCAAGUGCAAGCGACCCAGCAAUGGUACCUCGAACCGGGCACCCAAGAAGCCAAAGGCUUUAGAUGACUUGGGCGAUGCAGUUGAGAAGGAGAAGGACGUCAUAGCUACUUUGCCUUUUUGGGACACCCUCAUGAACCAAGUGGAUGAGACCUUCACCAAAUUUGGAUCGAUUUCGGAGUUCUUCAUGAAGUCUUUCCCAACCUUGGAGGAAAGAAAGGCACUCUCUCAAACCCUUAUCGACCAUUUUGGAGCUACUGAGACCCUGGACUCUGACUUCACUGCGGGGAUCAAAUCCUUUGGUUUGUGGCAGAUUUGCCCACGCAUCGAGGCUGGAAACAAAGGGUUGGUCAUCAACCAGUUCCACAAACACCUGAUCAUGUUGAUCUUGAUUCAGGGCCCACGCACAGAUGCAGCGACGUCACCAGGUGUGGAGUAUCCUGUGAUUCAACCUCUAGUGGAGGCCUACUUCGAUACCCCUUGGGAAACUAGUUCUUUGCAGGCGGGCACCUAUGAUUGCCAAUCCAUCGGCUUUGUCAAAGGUUGGACUAGGUGUGUGGCAGCCCUCUUUGCGGCGCAUCUUCUCAUCCAGAACGACUUGGUUGAGCACUACAGGGAUCACUUGCCUGAGGCCUACAAGAACUUUUGUCUUCUCAAAGGCUUAGUGACUGCGGACUAUGCUUCUGAGCUUGACCGAAUCAAUGCGAACCGGGACUUGACAAUGGGGUCUGUGAUGACUCGGGCAAAGCCCAAUUGCUUCAAUGCGCUACACCAGAUCUACCGACGCUUGAAGCAGGGCAAGAAAUUGAGCUCAGUGGUUGGCAACUUUGACAGUGGAAAGAUUCCAAAGAGCAUCUUUGGAAUGGGGGCACAGGAGUCAGGCGCCAUUGUGAACCUCGUGCACCACUUGCCUCUGGAAUGUCGGGCGAUCUUUGGCAAUGCUGUUGCGGAGUUUGGCAUAGCCAAGGGGCCUGUGACACAUGCUGCCAUAGCAGCUCCUCACAUCCGAGUGGGAUACCAACCUGACCUGAUGGCUGAGGAAUGGAGCAUCAACCUGAGGAACACGGAGGAGUCUGUCACCAGGGCAGCAAAGAGGCUUGUUGAGGACUACCGGCAAGCGCCGCCAGGCCUCCGCAAGUCAGCAACUGCGCCGGAUGUUGCAAAGAUGGCUCGCAUCAGCAGGGCCUUUGACUUGCUUCUUGGUGAAUUUGCUGGCAAGGUCCCAUCGAGUGUCUUUGAGGCUGAGAAGCCUUCACUUGUGUCAUUGUUUGAGAACCGGGUUUUGGACGAUUACUUGUACACUUUGACGGAGGAGUGCCCAGCGCAAAUUGACUUGACCAAAGUCAGUGAGAUCGGGGUGAUCCUUGCCAACAACAAAGCUGCUCAAGAGAAGGAAGCGGUUGAGAAGUCCAAAGUUCUUCACCUUCAAGUGCAAACUGCCACCUUCCAGAAGAUGGUCAAUGAUCUGGAGGGUGACAUCGAGGCGUUGACUGAUUGGGUGGCAUUGGAGGUCAAGAGGAAGAGCUCUUGGCAAGCCAUGGUUCUGACACACGCCAGGAGGCGUUAUGUUCGUGGUCUUGAGCGGGUGCGUGAGUUUGCUGAGGAGAGUCUGCGGGUUCGCGCUGGAGCGCUUGAAGGUGCUGCGAUGGAGUUGGCUGAUUUCCGUUCCAACCUGGAAUCUGCAAGUAGUUUGAAGUGCUCUCCUGAUUCGAGGUUCCUGCUGAUGGUCUUGGACAUGAGCGUUCCACCCAACCUGUCUGAAAUCGAUGCUUUGAUCCGUCAAGCUUCAUCGAUCCUGCGCAACUCGGUGAACAAUGCUUUGCUGGUGCUUUUGCCCCAGAGGUAUUCUGGGCAAACAGUGAAGUCCAACUUGAACGCCACCCGCAGGAUUGAAGAUGCACUUUUGUCAAAUGGUCUCAACAUGGACACUGACAUUGCAGUGCACUUCUCUGUCGAUGCCAUGCAUGGCAACGACAAGCGACCAUUGGGGGCUCGCUGCCGCCUUUGUGUGAGUGACAAAGUUCCUGAGGGUGUAAAUGCUUGGUUGUCUGGUGUGGCUGCCCGGGGAAAGCUUGAAGUGCCCCUCUUGAGGAUCAAAGAAAUGAAGAGGCUGACGCCCCCAAACCACAUAGGGGACUCAGUUGAAGCUUAUAGCUUGUCGCCAGCAGAAAGGUGCCAGCAAAAAGGGUUGAAAGCAGCUGCCACAAUCAUUGAGACCCUCAUUAGUGGCACAGCCAUUGCGUCUCCUGAGUGCCGGCUGGACAUUGUUGAAUUGAACCUAUUGGCAGUCCCUGAUUGGAUUGAGGCAGCUUGGCAUUUGAAAUACUCUUGGGAGUCUGAUUCUGGCAAGCCGCGCAUUGCCUAUUUUGGAUUUGCCCGGGACCUAGCAGUGCAAAAGGCAGUUUGUGGGCACAUGGAGGCGAUCUUGAUGCAGGAGUGGUGGGAGGGUCAUCCUGAUGCAGGUCCCAAAGAACCUGAUAACAGCAACCCAGUGGAGAAGCCGUCCUUGGUUCUUACAUCUUGGGAUGGAGAGGUGCCUGCCUUGUCUGAGGUUGUGAUCUGCAAGUUCGAUGGGGAUGAGGCCUAUGGUGAGAAGUGGAAUGGCAAGGUCUCUUCUUUCCGUGACUUUGUGCAAACGACUGUCGCUCCUAUCAUCAAGAAGUCUGUUGGAGGUAGCGCUGAAGGUGGACCUGGUGCAGUCGCAGCUGAUGGUCCUGACAUGACUGUUGGCGAUCGCCCAGCUUCUGUUGCCGAUGCCAUUCUACCAUCAGUGCCGCAGCACGAGUUCCAGUCGUCGGAUGUGCUCUUCACUGUGAAGCCAGUUCGAAACCUUCCAGCCCUGCACAUUACCAAGGACUAUGACAUCUACCUGUCGCUGGAUGAAGCAACCCACAAGUCUACAACCCUGCAGCUCGAUCCUAUGGAACUUCUGGGGUUCAAUGUGGGGGAUGUGGUUCCAUCUGAAGGUGAUGCUCCAAAGCCACCUCCUGUUUGCAAGAAGCCAGCGGCUGCUGUCAAGGGGCGAGGGAAGGGCUCGAAGUCCAGUGGAGAGACCUUUGGCGCCGGCGUGGCUGUGAAGGGCGCCACAUUGGAAGAAAACCUGGGCGUCGCCACUGUGUUGACUGGUCUCUUCAAUGAGGGAAAGUCGCAUGAAGAUGUCAUGAAGAUUAGGGAGACCAUGAUCAGCGACCUCAAGAAAAGGAUCUCUGAGCGUUGCCCAGCUUAG